AUGCCAGCUAAGGUUUGUUGGGCGCUUUGGCUCUUUAUUUUCGCAAAUUUUUUCUACGGUGAAACGGAAUCUAAGAAGGUGGAGGUGCUCGUGGUCAUAGCGUGUCCCCCACUUCCUCUACAAGUUAAGGAAUGUCUUGCCCUGUCCAACAGCUUCCUGGAGCAGAAUCGAAAACUGUUACUUGCAGAGAUCUUCCCCCGGGACCAUGUGCUAAAAGUCCAUGUGAUGCACGAGCUUUUCAACUACUGGACCCUCUUGGACGCACUGCCCCAUCUGAGAGGCCAGACACGUCUUUUGGGUGCGCACACGGAAUGGAUUAUAUGGUGUCAACACAACACGCGUGUGUCCUCGCUGCGCGGCCUGCUUGAGCAGCUGAGGCAUCAGGACCCAAGGGAGCUCUCCUUCUACGGCCAUGCCUUGUACGAUUCGGAGGCCACCAUUAUACACCAUUUCUCAAAUUACAACGAUCCACAACGGUUUCCGUAUCCCAUGCUCAGUGCCGGAGUGGUUUUCUCAGGAGUUUUGCUGAACAGGUUGGCGGAACUUGUUGCUUCUAAUGCCCAGAACAUCACCCUCCACAGCGACUUCUCAAUCGAUGCCUCUCAUGAGCUGGCGCGCUUUAUAUACGACAACGUAUCUCUCGACCCGCAUGCCGGCACACCAAUGGCUGGGAAAAUCAUUUUAAAAAGUGCCAGCUACAUUUGCUCCCCCGCUGAAUCCGUGCAAUCCCUGGAUUUUCCGAACAGAGGACCUCGGUGUAUGCUGUAUGCGCAGCCAGAGGAGCCUCCGAGUGGGAGUUGUGUGUACACAACAGGAUCAAACAUAUAUUUCGCAAUCAAAACCUGUGCGAAAUUCCAUAAGGAACGCAUAGCAAUCAUCGAACGCACUUGGGCAACCGACGCUCGGAAAAGGAGAUACUACAGCGAUGUGGCAGACGUCGGCAUACCGACAAUCAGCACUGGGAUACCGAAUGUGCAGAGUGGACAUUGUGCCAAGACAAUGGCAAUUUUGCAACUAUCCCUCAAGGACAUCGGUGGGCAAAUGGACAUUCGCUGGCUCAUGCUCGUCGACGAUGACACGCUUUUGAGUGUUCCCCGACUGAGCGCCCUUUUGAGUUGCCACAACCAUACGGAUCUGGUGUACCUCGGCCAGCGCUAUGGCUAUCGGCUGCACGCCCCAGACGGCUUCAAUUACCUCACGGGUGGGGCAGGCAUUGUGCUCAGUCUACCGUUGGUGCGUCUUAUCGUGGAGCGCUGUAGCUGUCCCAGUGCCAGUGCUCCCGACGACAUGAUCCUGGGCUAUUGCCUCCAAGCGUUGGGCGUGGCGGCGGUCCCGGCUGCUGGUAUGCACCAGGCCCGGCCACAGGACUAUGCUAGCGAGUUGUUGCAGUUGCAUACGCCCAUAUCAUUUCACAAGUUUUGGAACACGGACCCGGAGCACACUUAUCGCCGGUGGCUUGGAGGUCUUAUGAAUCGGAGUUCCCCGUUUGCGAAGCACAAGGAACAUGUUGCUGCUGCUCCACUGCUCCUCCUUGGGCGAAAUCCUUUGCCUGGUGAAGUCGGAUUUCUACAAGAGACGGGAAUCCAAUCGUCGGGCAAGCAUCUGGAUCUUUAAAUCGCUGAGAUUUAUGACGUGACUUUUAAAAGGAAA